AUGUUUAUAGUCUCUCAAAGUAGGUUAAUCAUCAAACAACACUUCAAGGGGGAUUAAUAUAAGAGAGAUUAAAUUGAAUAAUUUAAUGAUGCAAAUGCUUAAAAUGAUUUUGAAUCAAUUGAAGAAUAAAUAUAAGAUUAAGAAGAAGUGAAAUAAUCUGAAUAGCUUGAAACAUAAUAAUAAGACAUCACUAUUUAAGUAGAUUAGAUCAAUUCAUAAUAAAGUGACCAAGCAACAAUUUAAUAAACUGAUGAGUAAAUCCAAGUUUAAGAUGAGAUUCCACAAUAUUAAGAAUAACCAAAAAGCAAAGAUCCAGAAUAUUUUGUAAUAGAAGAUAAUAUAUAUACUGCUGAAAUUAUAUAAGAAAAUGUUGAAUAAUUAUAAGUUUAAGAGAAUGUACCAAUAGUUGAAAAUAAUGAAAAUAUUCAAAAUUAAGAUGAUAUCCAAUAAUAGGAAUAGGAGUAAUCGUAGCAAAAUGAAGAAAUAAUUGUGAAUUUAGAUGAAUUAUUAAAUUAAUAGUCAGAAUAAAUAUCUAAUCAAAAUUUAGAUUCAGAAGUUAAUGAAGAUAUUUAAAUCAUUCCAGAAUAAUUGAGGGAAGAGAAUUAUGAUCAAAAUCCAGAAAUUCGAGAAUUAGAAUAAUAAAAUGAAAUAAAUAAUAAUGGUUAAAAUGAUGAUUAAAUAUAAGCAGAAAUUUAAUAAGAUUAAGAAAAUACUUUGAUUGACCCUCAUGCAAAUGAAUAUGCAAGUAAUGGGCAUUUAAAUCACGAUCAUGAUAAUCAUCAUGACCAUACUCAACAUAUUAGUAAAGAAAUAUUAAAUAAUUAAUUUCAAAAUGAAAUCUAAAAUAAUAGUAAUUCAAGCGAUCCCAUUAAUUCAAUAUCACAAUAACCAUCAUGCUCAUUUGAUAAUAAAUUCUCUUGCUCAGACUAUACUCAUACAUUAUAUAAUAUAGGAAUUGAGAUAGAAAAUAAACCUCUUUAUUAAGAAGAAUUGUUAUAAUAUGUUCUAACUCAUUCCUAUUUAUAAUAUUAUACGAAUUAUCCAAUGUAAUUUUUUGGUGUUUUGGCUAAUGUAUUUCUAUUUUCUUUGGUGAUCUUGAAAAAUCUAGUAACAAAGAAACAAACUCCAUAUUCAUCACUAAUUAACAAUGAAUAAUAUAAUGAAGAUAAUUCUUAAUUUUAAUAUUAAAUUAAUUCAUUAGACUCUACUUUAUCAGAAAUAAAUACUAAAUUGGAUACUUUUACAAAAUCUUAUUAAAAGAUGUAGAAGGAUCAUCAAUUGAUUAAUUAAAUUAUAAAUGACCUUUAAACAAAAGUACUUGCGAAUUUAGAAAAAAAAAAACUGAAAGAAUCUUGA